AUGGUCGACCUUCGAACUUGCCGCUCGGCGGCAGACCCUCGUACGCCCGGUACAGAGGUCGCAGCAGCAACAGUUGGACGAGGCCAGUCCUCGCCCCGCAAACCCACUCGUGUCCUUCCGACACCUCAAUCCCUCUCGCCAUCAAAGAACUCGCCCCCAGAGCAGCGUGGCGGCGAGCCACGCUUGCCUCCCUCUUUUGAAAACAACCAUCUGCCGCCGGCCAUUGCGAGCCGCUACCAGCCUGGGGUGUACACACCGCACUCUCCUUACCGCCCGGGAGAGUACCAGCGCUCCGAGUGCGCUCCGUCUGAGCGCACCCGCAUCGAGCGCAAGCUGUUUGACGACGACGACGAUAUGCCUCGCAAGGACGAGCUGAGGAGCAGCAGCCCGCUCCAGCCCGCGUUUGAAGGCGAGGUCAAGAUGGUCCUGCGCAGCGGCGCACCGGUAGAUCUAAUGUCCUGGCUCCGCACAAACUUCCACCACCAACCGCCACCCCACUCUGUCAUGACGUCUUCCAUGUCGCUCGCCCAUAUCCAGCGUCUUUUACAAGAACGUUUCCACCGUGUCCCUUAUCUGUCUGAACUGCACCGUGCUGUCCUUGCGGCCUUCCCCCACUCGGAGUGGGAAGAGUCCAAGGAUGGCAAGGAGCCACCCAUCAUGCGCGGCCUUACCUGGCACGGUCGCGACGUUACAGACGAAGACGACCCGAACGCUACCCCAGGCAAGUCGGCACGCGCCAGCGCCAGCGCCACUGUCUCGCGCGGUCGCCAGCCCCGCGUCGACACGACCGUUGUUGUCAACGGUGGCGCCACCAACGGAGCUGGCACGAGCCGCAGCCCGACACAGUCGCCUCUCAUGAGCCCCGUCUCCAGUGCCCAGCGCCAGAUGCCCGACACUCCCGCACGCAGUGUGCUCGACGAGUUUGCCGAGAUUGCCACGCGCACACCUAUCGUCAAGGAGCGCAAACUUGACACUGACGCCAAACCCGCCGCCUAUGCCCUCACAACCAUUUGCAACUCGUCCGACCGCCCCUGGGACAAGCGCAAGCGCCCGGCGUCCCAGUCGCCCGAGCGUGGUCGCCGACGGGCUUCCACUCCGGACGCUCUCCAGGACCUGCUCGACGCUGCUGAGGCUGUCGAGGGCAGCCCACUCAACUCGGUGCUCAACAAGCACGAGCAGCGUGGCCACAAGCGCAGGAGAACCAUUGCCGGGUCCAACGCUCACGACUUUGCCUUUGGCCGUCCCUUACCUCACUCGUCGCUCGACCAGCGCAGGUCGCGGUCCGUACGCGGUACGGCAUCGCCGCAAAUUGCCGGCCUGUCUCUCCUCGCCGUGCGCGAGGACAAGAGUGGCGUCCUGUCUGCCGACGAGGGUGACGAACCCAUCUCCCCGCUGGCAUCGGAAGAGUCUGGCGCGUCACACCAGCUCGUUGCCAUGGGCGCUCCGUCGUCGUGGGGCCGUCGUGGCGUCGCCUCGUCCACGGCGUCGCAGCUCUCGGCCAUCUCCGAGUCGGUCUCGCUCGCUGGACCCUCAAACGGUAUCCCCAAGGCUGCCGGUCGCAAGGUCAACGAACUGCCAACGUCGUCGCAGGGCCAGUACCCCGGUGUCGACUGCAAGCCGCCUUACCCUUACCAUGAAAUGAUCCGCUUCGCCAUUGAGAAUGCGCCUGACCGAAAACUGCAGCUGGCUCAGAUUUACUCGAGCAUUGCCCACCGGUUCCCAUUCUUCAAGACUCUGGACGAGAAGAAGACCGCUGGGUGGCAAAACUCUAUCCGUCACAACCUCAGUCUCAAAAAGAUGUUUGUGCGCGUCAACAAGGCCGAUGGUUCGCCCGACGACUCUGGUGGCAAAGGCGGUUGGUGGACAGUCCAGCCUGGUGUGCCCGAUGAAGGCCGCCCCGGUCGCAAGGCCAAGGCCAAACGUGCCAAGGACGGGUCAAUGGUGAUGGGAGGCGAGAUGGGCAGCGGAAGCACAAGUGCCACCAGCACUCCCGCGCCACCUCCGCCGAUGGCUCUGCCACCCCCACCACCACCCCCACCACCACCAACCGAGCCGUUGGUCCAGCUCGAGCCAGUGCCGGUUCCCGCGGCCUCACAGUAA